UACGAUAGACCACUUGCACGUUGCAGAAGCGAACAUAAAUGAAAACAGAAUUAGAAAUACCAGACUAAUUAGAUUAAAUUGUAUUUUCCAUGUCAAGUUCUACCAAACACAAAAUAUUGGGUACAAUGUAUUGGGAUUGCAAAGCGAAUUCGAAUCAGUACGAAAUGGACUUUACUUAGAGGCGCGUGCGUCAGAACGAAACACCGUUAGGAGGCCAAUUUUCAAUAACCUCAAGUGCAUUAUAUAAAUAUUAGGCCUAUUAGUGUGGAAAUUUUUGAAAAAUUAGAAUGAAUAACAGCGAAUAUGGCUUUGAGGUGCAUCGAAAAUCAUACGAGUUUGAGUCGAACUUCGAACAUGACUCGAAAUUAAGUCCCGAUAAUUACGAAAGCGCGAGUGAAAAUUUACUUACCGAUUAUGAAAUUGUGAGCAACGAGGAGGCUGACGAAGACGAAGAUAUCGAAUUGUCCUAUCGAAAAUUACGUAGCGAGAAAACUGAAAUUCCUGAGUUUCGAAAUAGUUUUCAUCCAAGCGCAAGUAGUGAACGCGAACGUGGCAAAUUGCAAUUAAGUUUGAGCACAGAAAAAAUAUCGUUAAAAUCACAGUCGCGAAAAAUCGAUAAAAUAAACGCGUCUCGGGAAACGGAAAUUGCGCAGCAACAGCAGCAACAAAAGGCCAACGAGCGGGGCGCACUUAAUACGAAUGCGGCAAGCGCUAGUGGAUUUUGUCCACGGCAUAGUAGGCGUCAGCAACCACAGUACCAGCAACAGUUGGAUAAAACCAAACCAAAACAAUAUGCGCCGCUAAAUUUCACAAUAGUUCCGAUAAAUGUGGCGACGCAAAAGGGCGCGGCAAGCGGAUGUAAACGGUUCGAAGAUGGGCGCGAUCUGCCGGAAAUCGUGCUAACGUCCUUCGAUCAACAGCAACAGCAGAAACAAAAGUGGUUGGUGGCAGAGGGAGCGCAGAAUACGCCGGUAGCGUCAGCAGAGGAAGCGGUCGCAACGCCAAGGCGCGAAAUAGUAGCGGCGAGCGCCCAUACGUCGACUCAGGGCAGCAGCAGAGAACAUUUGCAGCAAAAACAGCCACAACAACAACAAUAUCGUAGCGCAAUGUUAACAAAAGUGCCAAUGACGACUGCCAAUCCGCCCACACCACCGCCACUGCCGCCGCCACCAGCUUCGCUUUUACCAUCUCUAACGUCCGCAACGACGACUGCGACAGCCAACAAGAAAGGCAAAAAAGUUACACGAUUUUCGCGCGCGCCCGAGUUCACCAACGACCACUUUGAGCUGGUACCAGCUUUAACGGCAAAAUCACCACCAACAAUAACAAAUGCGGCAGGCGUCUCACCAAGCGCAGCAGCAGCAAAUAAGUUACCGGAUGCGGAGGAUACGAGUAUAAGUGAAAUUAAUUCACAACCUGGUAGCUCUACCUCACCGGAAUCGCUAAUGGAUAAUGUGCUAAGUGCGGCGUCAUCGGUGUCGGUACGCAGCAGCAGCCUAAGCAGUGGUGGUGGCAGCGGUAGUGGCGGAGGCGGCAGUGAAAUGCUAAAAAUUGUUAAUGCCAGGGUGCGCGGUAAUGUGACACGUAAUAUGCCACAUGUUGCUACUGGUGAUGCAAUGCCUAAAGAACACCAACGACAACAAGUAUCAACACAAAUAAAGGAAUUGAACGAUAAUCGCUCAUUGAACUUAAAAUCGCCCACAUCGAGAGGCUUGUCACCAAUGCCGCAGCCAGCAGCUGGGAAGCAAAAUGCACUCACACCUAUUCUUACACCACAAAUGUUGUCACCAGCGCGCACUUUGACGCCCUCCCCUUCCACUGUGAUGGCGUUGGGCGGCGCAGCGUCGCCGCGCUUGAGUGAAGCGCGCGCACUACAGCCAACCGAACUCAUCGAAGCGUCAUCAGCAAAUCGUUCAAGAAGUCCAUCGCCGAGCCCCAGUGUUUCGAUUCGUGUCACACAGGACACCUCAUUAUUCGCCGACGAUUUAAAAUGUCGCAUUUGCAACGACAUUUUUCGUGAUCCACGCACUUUGAACUGCUUACAUUCGUUCUGCUUUCAAUGCUUGGUUGAUGAGAACUUCAAGCAAGAUUCAAGCAUACCAUUCUGGUCGCAACCUGGCGCGGACGAGCACGAUUGGAAGGCUUCCAACAAGUCCAACUAUAGCGUGCAAUCCUCCUCUCCCGACAUGUCGGUGCGCAGCGGUUCUACUUCACCUUCACGAACACGCCAUUCCUCUUUCAGUUUUAAACGUAAAAAAUCCUUCGAACGGAUUUUACUAAAAGUAAGGUCCAAAUCGGAUGGCAAAGGCUCGGAAAGUUCUUCCUCUAUACGCAUGAGCGCAGCGCCCGAAGAGCGCUUGCGACACAUCAGCUGCAAAAUAUGCAGAUAUGCGACCGUAAUACCGGUGGGUGGCAUACGCCAAAUGCCGCAGAACUAUUUGCUGGUGCGCAAAAUCGAAACGAUCAAACAGGAAAUGGGCGAUGAAGUCAUAACGAAGGUUUGGUGCAGUCUAUGUUUCGAGGAAAUAAAUGCAACCUACCACUGCAUCAGUUGUACGCUAAAUCUGUGCACGCUCUGCAAGGAGGCACACGAGCGCCAGCGCAACACAGCCAAUCAUCGCAUCCGAAAUAUUAUGGAGCUGAGACGCGCGCGUAAAAAGCAGCAAACACUCAGUGAGGAUAAUACGAAUUUUACACUUAAGUGUGGCAUGCAUCCGGGCUUCGAAAUGAAGUCGUUCUGCAAUAGUUGUUUGCAGAUCGCCUGCGCCGACUGUCUUGUGUUGCUGCACAAGGGCCACCGGCAUGAGUCCAUCCCAAAAGCUUUUACCAAUUACUCGAAACUGCUGCACGACGCCGUCGAUCAUACGCGUCCGCUCUGUAGCUAUGCAGAGCAUUCAAUUGAGCGUAUGAGCGAGAUUGCCAAGCGCAUAAAUAAAAAGUGUGAUGACAUACAAGCGCAGAUAGAGACUUUCACGCGUCAGUACUUCGAAGCGGUCGAAGUGCAUCGUAAGACAUUGCUACAACAGGUGCACCGCGCCCGCGAAUCCAAAGUGGAGAUGAUACUCGAGCAGCAGCUGGAUUUAGAAAAACGCAAUAACGAAUCCAUUGAGGCAUUGCGCUUUGCUCAGGAGCUGACAGAAAAUGGUUCCGAUGUUGAAGUGCUCUCUUUUUUGAGUAUUUUGCUAAAACGUUUCGAAUAUUGUCAGCAAUUUAAAAUGCCCGUCGAUCCAAAGAUAUCGGAAACCUUACACUUUCUACCCCACAUACGUGCGCCUGCUAUGAAAGCGCAAAACGAUAUACCACUUUACGGUAUCAUAACAAUGCAAACAGUCGAAUCUUCACUAUGCACGCUGCAGUGGGAGGGUUUCUCACAAUUACGUCUACACAAGCGUGUCGAGCUUUUGCUGCAGUCGCGUGACGCUGAUGGCGUGGGCUUAUGUCACGGCGGCUUACAAAUACAGGCGCUAGUAAAGUACAAAGAGUCGAGCUCUAAAUGUCUGCCAGUUGAGAUUGCUGAUAAUCGUGAUGGCACAUAUGGAAUCGGUUUUACGCCCGACGCGGAGGGCAAUUUAGUGCUAACUAUAAAUAUAAAUGAUAAACCGAUUAAGGGCAGUCCCUUCACUUUCCUCGCACGCAAUGUACGCCCGCACAGUGGCAUCUAUCAUUGUUGCACCUUCUGCUCGAGCAAGGGUAAUAAGAUGGUAAAAUGUUCCUGUGACGGUCGUAUGCCGGGUUAUAAUGGUUGUGGGCAUGGGCAUGCCGGCCAUCCAGGUAGACGUCAUUGGUCAUGUUGUGGUAAUGCCUUAGAGAAUUCCGAAUGUAAUGCGUCGAAUAAGUUGUUAAAUUUAUGAGCAAUCCAAUCACUGAUACCUAAUCGGUGAGAAAUAUACUGAUUUAAUAUAUCAACGAAAUAAAUAUAUACU